AAUACGCCUAACAGUUAUGACGGAAACGUCUAAGAUUUUUCUUGUAUUCAGUGUCAUAAAAACUUGGAUACUUUUAUUCGACAUACCUUUGGUGGAAAGAACUGAAAAAUGGACGAAGAUGUUAGUUAUAUGGAAGAAGGCGAAGAAAAUGGUGAAGAGAAUUCUCUCGAUCCGGACGAUCCACAUCAUGCCUUCGUUAUUUUGGAGAGAAAAUUCAAUAAGGUUGUCUCCGACAUGGAACAGAACCCUGCGGCUGCCCAAUACGCUGAAGAAUUCACCAAUCUCUUCGACGCCCUGUACAAAUCGCACGAAAAAGAGACUCAGCUCAACGAAAGAUGCCAAGAUGUCGAAUACGAACUGGAGACCAACAUGAGGAAGUUGGAGAGCGCCAUCAAGCUCACGGAGACCGACCAGUUGGUGAUAGACGACCUUAAGGAUCAGAUCCAGAAGGCCUGGAAGAUGGCCGACGCCGCCCACGCCAGAGAACAGACGGCCCAGGAGAUCAUCGAGAACCUCAGGAAACAGGUGGAGAGUCUCAACGCCGAGAUCGAGCUGAGGAAUAAGUUUGCCGCUGAGCAAGCUGAGGAUACCGGAGUAAUGAGCAAGAAAAAGGAAGGUCUCCAAAGAGAGAAGGAAAGACUGCAAGGGGAAGUGGUGCAAUUAUCACAGAAACUACAAAACGCACUGGGGUACCAAGAAGAACUGGAGCAUAAAAACUCGGCCGCCGAUAUUAAAAUAACCGAGUUAUCAGCCCAAGUAGACGACCAAACGGGAGAAAUCGAUAGGCACAAACGUCAGGUAGCCAAGCUGAACCAGGACAUCUCCGAAGUGAAGGAGAAGCUGAGCGAGAAGGAGUUACAGCUCAACGAGCUCACCGAGGUGGUCGGUUACCACAUGAAGCAGAUCGCGAGGUUGGAGAAUCAACUGAAGGACGAGAAGACGAACUACGAGAGGCUGUAUAAGGACCACGAGGCGUUGAACGCCAAACAUUAUAAGGUUUACGAGGACCUCCAAGUUGCGCAGAGCAACUACGAACAGACCAGGAAAACCCUGAACAAGAAGGAGCUAGAGUUGAAGAACGCUGAAGAUACCGUGAACCACCUGAGGAACGACGUCACCAAAUUGACUAAGAUGAAGGAUCUGUACGAUAAGAAAUUAUUGGCCAUGGACUCGGACAAAAACGAUGUGGUACAGGACAGGAAUAAACUUCGGCAACGUCUGGUCAUCAUCGAGAAAGAAGUUGACGACAUGAAGAAACAGGCAGAUGCCGAAAAGCGAGCGAUGGAUUCCAUAGCCAGGGAAAAGGAAAUAAUGAACAAGAGCAUAAUGAGGCAGCAGGGUGUGGCCCAGGAGCAACAGAAGCUGAUCAAAAUACAGGAGCAACAAAAGAAGAAGUUAGAAAACGAACUGGACCUUUUUUACCUGGAAACCAACAAGCAGAAGAAGAUAAUCAGCCGACUGGAGAGAGAAAGGGAAAGACUGGCCGAUGAGCAUCUGGACAUGACCAGGCAGAUCGAGGAGGCGAUGGAUCAAAUAAAGCUUAAAAAAACCCAAAUCUUCGAGCUGAAGAAGGUGCAGAGCGAGCAGGUCAACAAGUACAGGAUGCAGCAGAACCUGUUCGACAUCACCAGGGCCGAGAGGAACUCCCUGCAGAAGCAGCUGCAGGAAUCCAACGCCGAAUGCAACGAGUUGAAAAAGAAGCUGAGGAUAAUCGCUCACCAGACGGAACAGCUCAAGGAAGACAUCUCGAUGAAGGAAUCGACUUUGAUCAAGGAAGAGAACAUAUUGAGGAAGGCGAUGAAGGAUAAGGAAUACCUGAAGAUGGAGCUGACGAAUACGCAAGACCAAGUGAAGAAAUUGAAGGAAGAGAUCCAGAUGAUGUCGGAGGAAGAGAGAAGAUUACACCAGAGUCUCAUGAACAACGAGAGAUUGAUCCGAGAACAAGCCAAGGAUUUGGAGCAGUUGCUGAACGAAAGAGAUAUACUGGGCGCUCAGUUAGUGAGGAGAAACGACGAAAUAGGUCUUCUACACGAAAAGAUAAACAUCUUCCAGUCAACCCUAGAAAGAGGAGAAACCCAGUACGACCAAAGGCUGGACGACAUCAAGCUGUUGAAGAUAGAGAUCAAGAGGCUGAGGCAAGAGAAGAUUCUGCUGACGAAAUCCGCAGACAACGUCUCCGAUCUUCGACAGGAGGUGUUCCAUCUGGAGAGGGACUUGACUAGAGCUCGUCUGAAGUGUAGAGCCUUGGAAGAGGAGGUCCAGAACCCUCUCAACGUGCACAGAUGGAGGAAAUUGGAAGGUUCGGACCCCGAGGUCAUGGAUCUUCUCCAGAAAAUUCAGCUUUUACAGAAACGUCUCUUGCAUCAAUCUUCGGAAGCAGUGGAGCGUGAAAGGCAACUCAAAGAAGUUCAACGUUUGUACCUCAAUUUGAGGCAGGUCCUAGCGCAGCAACCGAGUCCUAGCGUGAAAGAGGAGCUGAACAAGACUCAAAAGGCUUUGAGGCUGAGGGGGAAUAAGCUCAAGUGUUUGGUUUCCGAAUUGAACAUGGCCGAAUAUCAAGCGAAAGAAUAUCAAAUAAGUCUGCAGAAAGUAACGGACGAACUGAAGGACCUCAAGAAGAAAUACCUGGCCGAUAAGAAAAAAGAAGAACUUCGGUCCAGCGCGCAGAAUUCUGCCAAAGGAGAUAAUGUCAUGAAUCAAGGUCAAACAAAAUUCACCGGUGGCGGGUUCCGAGUAAAGUGACUGUUUUUGCUCGAAAACAACAAAUUAAAUCAAUUAUUGGCACUCUGUCGCUUUGUGUUUAUCUAUAAUUGUGUGGGGUUUAAUCGAAUAAGCUAUAGGUUAGAAAAUGUCAAAGGUCCUGGAGGUUUGUGUUGAUUCUUUGGACAGCGCGUCUGCAGCAAUCUCCGGUGGCGCGGGUCGCAUCGAGUUGUGCUCUUCGCUACUAGAGGGCGGUCUGA